GAUAUACAACGUGACAUACGAAGAGAAGCUGUGUGUGAGAACAAGGAAAAUGUCCAACCAAAUAAAGAAAAGGAAGUUAGAGAAAAACGUACAGGAUAACCUGUACUUUGACAGUUAUUCAGAUGUCACGAUUCACGAGGAAAUGAUCGCAGAUCAUGCACGUACUAACACGUACAGGACAGGAAUAUUUGAAAACAGCAGCUCGAUUCAAGGCAAAGUUGUGUUGGAUGUCGGAGCAGGGACCGGUGUCCUAAGUAUAUUUUGUGCACAAGCCGGGGCCAAGAGAGUUUACGCGGUUGAAGCUAGUUCAAUCGCUGAUCAAGCUGUGAAAAUCAUUAAACACAAUCAGAUGGAAGACAGAAUCGAAGUCAUUAAAGGUACUCUGGAGACAAUCGAUUUGCCCGAGCAGGUGGACGUGAUAGUGAGCGAGUGGAUGGGCUACGCGCUGCUCCACGAAUCCAUGCUUAACUCUGUUCUAUUUGCCCGCGACAAAUGGCUGAAACCCGGCGGUCUCAUUUUACCUUCAAAGGCAGAACUUUACAUUGCUCCUAUCAAUGACUUGGUUGUGGAAGACCGCUUGAAUUUCUGGUGCACCGUGAAGGAACAGUAUGGCGUUGACAUGUCCUGCAUGUCUGAAUUCGCAAGGAAAUGCGUAAUGAACAAUUACAUCACCGUGAACUUGGUGACAGUCGAGGACGUGUUGUCCCAUCCCUCUAAGUUUGCUGAACUGGACCUGUAUUCCGUGACAGUGGAACAACUGAAAUCGGUGAAGGGGCCGUUCAAGUGCGAAUGUUUUGGCUCUUCUGCUGUGAACGCCCUUUGCGUGUGGUUUACGGUAACCUUUCCGUGUGGGGACAAACCACUGGUCCUCUCCACGUCUCCGUUCAAACAGGAGACCCACUGGAAACAGGCAAUACUGUACCUACAUGAACCGGUGGAUGUGAUGCAGGACACUCUGGUUGUAGGAGAGGUCAACAUGUAUCCUUCCGAAGACAGCUCCAGACAUAUAUGCAUUGACGUGGACUACACAAUAGGGCAGGACAAAAAACACUCAAAAACCUUCUCCAUUCCAGAUGGAUACUUGGAACCCCAACAGCUGCCUGUUGCCACCUAACUUAAAAAAAAACAUUGGAGACUCACCUGUGUCUGAUGGCUACUUGGUGUCAGUUUCCUGUAUGCUGGUGACACAUAAGCUUAGGUCAUUAGCCAUGAAACACAUCUAUUGAGAUCAAAUUGAAUGCUGGCUAGGCUUGAAACUUUAAGUCAUGUGUUCAUAUAACAAUAUUAAAAUUGAGGAUGAAUAAAUGCCUAA